UCUCCUUCACGGGACACGUUAUCCAUUCCAUUGCUUGUCAAUAAACCUCACGGUUAAACCCGACGCAUUUCCCGACCAACGAACACCACCAGAAAAUGCCGCCAGUCUCUGCCGCCGCGACUCCGCCGCUGUGCUUCUCUCCACUGGCCCAAGCCCGCUCAACGACCCGAAAGCCCAACAGCAAGCCGCCGAACUUCCCCCGCGGACGCCCCCGGGACCCGAACCUCAAGGCGCGGACGCGCUACCGGCCGCCUCCCCAGCCGGUCCCGCCGACGAGCUCCCCCGCAGGAGAAGCCACGACCUACACUCGGCUCCCUCCCAGGGACAACUUCUCGGCGCCUUUGCUUGAUCCCGUUAGGGAAGUGAAGCUUUCCGAUUCCGGUGUUGCAAAGCUCGAGAGCAGCGAAGAAGAUGAGCUUAGCAGCGAGGAAGAGCAAGAGGUUCUCGAGGAUGAAACAGAUGGCGAUUUUGGGCUAAAUUAUGAGGUAGUCGACGUGUUCGAAGGCAGUUCAAGUAAUCACGAAGAGGAGGAUGAAGAUGAAGAUGAUGAUGCCGAUGAUGAUUAUGAUUUAGAAGAUUAUGAGGAAAUUGAGGAUGAGGAGGAAGUGUUAGAGUUAGGAGGUGGCAGAAUAGUAAGUACUUUCGACAGUGACGGAAACAAAGUCACGGCGAUGCUCUACGCAGCUGGUGAAGAUGAAGAAGACGAUAUUGAUGCUAAAACUCCACGAUUUGAGCAUGGCGAUUCGGUGAAUACAAUCGAGUUUGAGGGCGACUUGGAUGAGGGGGGUGAAUCACAAGUUAAGGAGAAAGGGGUCCCAGCAGUAAUGAGGUGUUUUGAUCGGGCGAAAAUUUAUGCGAAAGCCGGGGAUGGCGGGAACGGAGUGGUGGCUUUUAGGCGGGAAAAGUUCGUUCCUUUGGGUGGCCCAUCGGGUGGGGAUGGAGGAAGAGGCGGAAAUGUUUAUGUACAAGUUGAUGGUUCGAUGAACUCCCUAUUGCCCUUUAGGAAUAGUAUCCAUUUUCGGGCAGGGAGAGGAGCGCAUGGGCAGGGGAGGAAGCAGGCGGGGGCAAAGGGAGAGGAUGUGAUUGUGAAGGUGGCCCCGGGGACGGUCAUAAAAGCGGCAGGUAAGGAGGAAGUGUUGUUGGAGCUGCUUCAUCCUGGGCAGAAGGCUUUGUUGCUGCCCGGUGGGAGAGGAGGGAGAGGGAAUGCUUCGUUUAAGUCGGGAAUGAAUAAGGUGCCAAGGAUUGCUGAGAAUGGAGAAGAGGGUCCUGAGAUGUGGUUGGAGCUGGAGCUAAAGCUCGUUGCUGAUGUGGGAAUCAUAGGUGCUCCAAACGCUGGGAAGAGCACCCUCUUGAGUGUGAUAAGUGCUGCACAGCCUGCAAUAGCAAAUUAUCCGUUCACAACUUUACUUCCAAAUCUUGGGGUAGUCUCCUUUGACUACGAUUCCACAAUGGUUGUAGCCGAUUUACCGGGUCUACUUGAAGGAGCACACCGAGGUUUUGGUCUUGGUCACGAGUUUCUACGGCAUACAGAGCGGUGUUCUUGUCUGGUGCAUGUUGUUGAUGGCUCGUCGGAGCAGCCGGAUUUCGAGUUUGAUGCGGUUCGCUUGGAGUUAGAGAUGUUUAGUCCUGAACUAGCUGAAAAGCCCUAUAUAGUUGCAUAUAACAAAAUGGAUCUUCCAGAGGCAUCCGAGAGAUGGCCAUUGUUCAAGGAAAAGCUCGACUCUCGUGGAAUUCGAGCUUUCUGUAUGAGUGCUGUGAAACAAGAGGGAACCCAUCAAGUGAUCAGCGCCGCUUACGAACUUCUACAUAAGAGUAUGGCAGAGAAGGAUACUGAAGGUUGGAUGGAUCCUGGGAACUUGAACCAUGUUGCAGACGAAAUAAAGAAGCAGCGGAAUGCCUCGAUUAAUGAUUUCAGAAUAACUCGCCAGGAUAGUACUAACACUUGGCAUGUAGUUGGAUCAGGCCUGCAACGCUUCAUUCAGAUGACAAACUGGCGAUAUCUUGAUUCUGAGAGGAGAUUCCAACAUGUUCUGGAGGCCUGUGGUGUGUACAAGUCUCUCAUGAAACUUGGCGUGAAGGAAGGGGACACUGUCAUCGUUGGAGAGAUGGAGAUGACGUGGCACGAUUCCACGGAAAGUGCCAAUCUUUCCAACAGUAAGAAGGGAGUUCCUAGAUUUGAUUGAUUGGGCUUCUGCAGAAGCAGCAGAUCCCUGUUUUCUCGUAGCAGAAAUUGUUCUCUGCUGAUUCUUGACGAACGUGAUGGCCGGGGGCCUCUUGGAGUAGCUAAUAAGCCUAGCAUGCAGGUAUAACCGUCCCGACUGAUAAAUGUUGCAGAUGGCAAGGGAGUUUCAUAAGAGUAUUGAGAACAAGAUACUUUACGAGACUACUCAGAAUGCGUCCAUGAUAUUGUGACCCUACAUUAAUGUCAAUAAAUUCACGGAAGUUGCUGCAGAUUCCGCAGAUCCAGGGGAGCCAUUCUUCGUGACUGGUCUAAACCGGUUGCAGGCAGGCCAUAGCAUAAUUUGGUGUAAGGAUCAGCAUCAGCAUACUGUAUUAAGUUCAAUUAUAUAUGGUGGUCAACAUUGUACUUGUAUGGAACAUUGAUACAUAUUCAUCGGUCCAGAGAACUGGAGUCUAGUUUUAUACUUUCAGACCCCGAGCCUCGCCGUGCCGAGGAAUUGCUAACCAAUACACUGUAUCAGAUGUCAUGAAUACACGUUAUACAAGUUAUACUUCUACGGGGCCAAUGGGAAUGGCGGCCCUGCUUCACA